AUGUCCAAGGCUGAAGAGCGAAUGAAGGCCGAAGCCCUCCAGGCCCUCGACACCCAAGACGACAUCAAUUGCCCCGGCUUCGAGUCGAGCCGAGUGUUUGCGCUCUCUGCGCAGCUCCUCGCCAACCCGCCUGCUGGCUUUCCAUCUCGCAAGCGUCUGUUGCGAUCGCUUCAGAGCAUCUACCUCUUCAUUAUCCAGCCAUCGGCUGCCAUCGAUCCUUCCAAUCCUCGUACCAAGCCUGUGCAGGGUCAAGCAUCCACGUCCGGCGGUGCUCUCCGUCCUGCUCUCUGGUAUGCCGACAUGAAGAACAAGGGGGUCAUCGGUCGUGGCCAGCCUCCCAAGACUGUUCUCGGUCGUAAGCGCAAGGCCGACGUCGUCAUCGAGUGCAGAGACCGCGACUUCAUGGAUCUUGCAACUGGAAAGGUUCACGCUCAGAAGCUGUACAACCAAGGAAGGAUCAAAGUCAAAGGAGACCUCGACCGUGCACUUCGAGUCGCCACGCUCAUUUCGCACGAGCGUUCCAAGAUCUACGGCACCUCAGCGCCACAAGACGUUGAAACCAAAGUUGCAGCUGUUGAGCAUCAGCGCGAGGGCAACGACGCCCGUGACUCCGACUACGGCUCUGGCGCUCCCGCUCCGCUUCCCGACCGAGCAAGGCUCUAG